AUGCCGUUGCCCAACAGAAUUUCCUGCUCCUGGCGGCAGGCAGCUGCCCUCCCCGGGAGCUCUGCAGAGACUCGUCGCCCAGACACCCAACAGGAUAUCGGAGCCGCAGCUUCUGGCCCGGUUCCGGAGCCGCCCCUCUUUCCUGGCGCUGUCAUUCCGGGGCGCUGUGACCUGGCCCCGAGAUUGAUCACGUCGCGCAUCCACUCUGGGGACAACACGGAGGACGAGCCGUCACGGCCGCCGGAUCUGGCGGGGGUCGGCCCCCCGGUUCGCCCCGGGCCCUCGGGCCAGCCUCGCUGCUCGACCGCGGGGCCAAGGGUAGCGGGGGCGGGGGCAAGACGCCCGGGGAUGCGGGGCCGGGCCCCCAGACAGGCGGGAAAAGAAGCGCUAGGAGGGCCCGAGUGCUGCGGGCCGAAAGUGGGGCGAGGGGCCGAAAGUGGGGCGAGGGGCCGAGGCUCAGGCCUGGAGGCGGGAAGACCACCGGGCGGGCGCCGGCUCCAAGAACUGGGCAAGCAGCGCCGAGGCGAAGCUGAGGGGGAAUGGGGCCCACCCCUCGCGAGUGUGACCGUAGGCUGGAGUCUGCCGCGGGGCUGCCACCAGGGCCCUGCGUAUUUCCCGCCAGAACCAGCUCACCGCAGACUUCCUGCCGGCUUCUACCGCGCGGCGACCAGCCUUCCGAAGGGCCCAGGACUCACGCGCACGGUGGUGUUGCGCGAGCGGACGGACUCAGCUCCGCCCCCGCGCGACGCCCAAUCCCGGCAGGGCCCGCCCCCUGCCCGGGCGGGAGCAGGCGGACCAGCGGCGCACGAGGCGCGGGCUUUCGCCCCCGGGGCAGGGCGCUGA